AUGAGUACGUUGGGAGGGUCCAGUUCGUCUUUGAACGGACCAUCCGCCGUUAAUAAUUCAAGUAAUACUGCUGGUUUGGGUCUCAGUUCCAAUAAUAGCAACUCAUCUUUGAUUAAUCAAAAGAAGAAGUACCAAUCGCUACACACACCUAGAAGAGUCGGAUCGAUGAGCUCUUUGGGUGCUCCUGCCGGCUCUAAAAGACCAGGAGAUUACUAUAUUCAGAAAUUAAGUAAUAGCUCACUCAAUUUGAGUAAUAAAGCUCCAAUACCCCCCAAUAAUGUUUUGAAUAAUCACAAUACUAAUAGACCCACUUCGGGAGACUCAAUAAUAUCCUUACAAUCAAACUUAUCCGAUGAUUUAUCCCUGGUUAGUUCUUCCCAAUUUGAUUUCCCCGAUUCAAGACUAAGCUCUUUAACUAGUAACUCCAUCACUUCUCCUUCGGUUUCUCCUUCAAAUCGCUGCUUAUCCAGUGAAUCGUCGGUGAAAGAACCCCAUACCCCAAAUCAAACUUUCAAUGAUGAUGUUAAUGAAGAUGUAGUGAAUGAUUUGGACCAAGUUAACUCUUCUCAUUCCACAAUUACUUUGAAAAAUCCUUAUCAAAAAUCAAUUAACUCCAUUUCUCCAGUAAGCAACUCCUCAACUCCUUCGGUAAAGAAAAUUAAUGAAAAGCCUCCUCAAUUAAAAUCAAUGUCAACUCCAAAUAUCGUUACUGCUAAUAAUCUUCCUAAAAAUAAAUCAUCAAAUCGUAAUCAAUCAUCCCCUCGCACUCGCUCUUCUUCCAUGAGCUCAACUCCAACCUUGAAUCGUUCUAAAAGUCGAUAUCUAAAUCCAAAAGAGAAAAAGGAAAGACAACAAUUACGUAAAAAAUUAUAUGAUGAUAAUGAUGAUGAUGAUGACAUUUUAUCAAAUGAUUUGGAUUUGGUUUUCAAUGUUCCAGUUAUUCAAAAUAAUGCUAAAUUAUACCUUAAUCAAAAUAAUUCUUCAAAAUUAUUAUCCCGUACCGAUUUAAUUAAUGAUAAAACCGAUAAUAAAUAUUCUAUCAAUGAAAAUAAUUCCAAUAAUUCCAAUUUUAAUUCUCCUCGCCCUUUCCCCUUACCGGGUAAAUUAAGUAGAUCAACUGGUUCACUAGAUAAUUUAAAAGAUGAAAACGAAGAUGAAAUUAAUGAUUCAAAUAAUACUUCCAAAGUAUCCUCCUUUUCUUUUGGUACCGAUGAUGAUUUGGAAAUUACUCAAAAUAUCUCAAAUUUUUAUAAUGAACGCUCAACUUCAUUUUCAAAAUUAGUUAAAAUUAAUCGUGAACAAGAUGUUAUUUAUAAAUUACCUAAUUAUGUUAAAUCUCAAUCUUCAGUGGAAGAUCUUCAAUUAAUUUCUCCAGAAAAAUUAAAUUGUUUAGAUCAAUCAAGACCAAUUAAUUUACCUCCUAAAAAUGUUAAUGAUAAAUUGAAACAUAAUAAAGAAUUUCAUAAAGUUUUAACUAAUUUUGAACUGAAUUCAAGGGCAAGCACUGAAUCGAGAAAAAAAUUAAAUGAACAAUUUAUGUUUAACCAACAACAUUGGUUUAAAUUAAUGUUAUUAAAUGAUAAAGAAUUAAAUAAAAAAUUAUCAAAUGAUAAGAACUCAAUCAGAAAAUUAAAUUGGGAUCUGAUCAUUCCUGAAAAAUUUAGAUUUGAGUAUUUUUCAAAAAUUUUAUCAUCCACUAUGAAAGAAGAUGAUCUUAAUCAAAUUAAUAAUGAGUUCAAUAAAACUAAUGAUACUUAUAAAAACUUAUCAACUCAAAUGAAAUCAAGUAAAGAUAAUGAGUUUGAUAGAAGUAUUGAAACUAUUUUAGAUCGUCCUUUAUUCCAAUCUAUAAUGACUGAAUUUGAAGAAAAUGAAAUGGUUGAAUUUAGUCUUAUUAAAUUUAAAUCUAAUUUUAAACAUUUACUUUACCUUAAAAGUUUAUCAGAAAAUGGUUUGAAAAAACAUGAUGAAAUUUUCUUAAUUCCAAUUUUUUUAAUCAUGUUUCAAAAUAAUCAAUCAAUUGAAGAAAUUUAUAAACUCACUGAAAUGUAUAAUUAUCAAGUUUUAAAUUCUGAAUUUUUCAAUGAAAUUAAUUCGAACUUAUCAAAUUGGUAUUCUUCAAAUCAUUCUUAUUCAAUUUCCAAAGUUUUGGGUCCCUUUAAUCAUGAAGAAUUUGAAAAUUUAAGUUCAAAUGUUUUCUUUGAAAUUUUUAUUCAAAUUAAUGAUAAGUUACCUUUGAGUAUGAGUGCUCCUUCAACUCCUAUUUUAAGUCAACCUGGUAGUUUUGGUAUGGGUAGUCCCAUGCCUUCAUUACCUGGUUCUCCUGUGAUACAUCAAAUGAAUGAGAGUGCUCCUAACUCAAGAACUUCUUCACUUGCAUCUUCAUCUAAUCCUAACUCAAUUGAUGGAUUACAAGAUUUAUUUACUCAAUCACAUUUAAAUUCUUCAUCUCUUGGGUUGGUUGCUAAAUUUUUACAAUUAUUAUUAAUUUAUUCCCAUUCAACAAAGACUAAAUUGAAGAAUAAUCUGAAAAUUUGUCAAGGUUUUUUGGUUGUUAUAUUCAAAUAUUAUCAUAUCAAUUGGAAUGAUUAUGGUGAUUUAAUCAAAGGUAACAAAUCUAUAAGGCUCAACAAAAGUAUGGACCAAACGGCUAAUUUGGAUUCUUUUGUUGAUAAAUGGAAAAGUGUUUUCAAGAAAAUUUAA